AAAUUCUGAAAGCAGCAGUAAUGAAAUAUGGAAAAAAUCAGUGGUCUAGGAUUGCCUCACUGCUGCAUAGAAAAUCAGCAAAACAGUGCAAAGCCAGAUGGUAUGAAUGGCUGGAUCCAAGCAUCAAGAAAACGGAAUGGUCGAGAGAAGAGGAGGAAAAACUCUUGCACUUGGCUAAGUUGAUGCCGACUCAGUGGAGGACCAUUGCUCCAAUCAUUGGAAGAACAGCUGCCCAGUGCUUGGAACACUAUGAAUUUCUUUUGGAUAAAGCUGCUCAGAGAGACAAUGAGGAGGAAACAACAGAUGAUCUACGGAAACUUAAACCUGGAGAAAUAGACCCAAAUCCAGAAACCAAACCAGCGCGGCCCGACCCGAUUGACAUGGAUGAGGAUGAACUUGAGAUGCUUUCUGAAGCGAGAGCCCGCCUGGCUAAUACUCAGGGAAAGAAGGCCAAGAGGAAAGCAAGAGAGAAACAGUUGGAAGAAGCAAGGCGUCUGGCUGCUCUCCAGAAGAGGAGAGAGCUGCGAGCAGCUGGCAUAGAAAUUCAGAAGAAAAGGAAAAAGAAGAGAGGGGUUGAUUACAAUGCAGAAAUCCCAUUUGAAAAAAAGCCUGCUCUUGGCUUCUAUGAUACUUCUGAGGAAAAUUACCAGGCUCUUGAUGCAGAUUUCAGGAAAUUAAGACAACAGGAUCUUGAUGGUGAAUUAAGAUCUGAAAAAGAAGGAAGAGAUAGAAAAAAAGACAAACAACAUUUGAAAAGGAAAAAGGAAUCCGAUUUACCAUCAGCUAUUCUUCAAACUAGUGGUGUUUCUGAAUUUACUAAGAAGAGAAGCAAAUUAGUACUUCCUGCUCCUCAGAUUUCAGACGCUGAACUUCAGGAAGUUGUAAAAGUCGGUCAGGCAAGUGAAAUUGCCCGUCAAACUGCUGAGGAAUCUGGCAUCACCAACUCUGCUUCCAGCACACUCCUGUCUGAGUACAGCGUUACCAACAACAGCAUCGCUCUGAGGACACCACGGACGCCCGCCUCCCAGGACAGGAUUCUGCAGGAAGCCCAGAAUCUCAUGGCCCUCACCAAUGUGGACACACCAUUAAAAGGUGGCCUCAAUACCCCUUUGCAUGAGAGCGACUUCUCAGGUGUGACUCCACAGCGACAGGUUGUACAGACACCAAACACUGUUCUCUCUACCCCGUUCAGGACUCCUUCUCAUGGACCCGAAGGGCUUACUCCAAGGAGUGGGACCACUCCCAAGCCAGUUACCAACUCCACCCCGGGAAGAACUCCCCUGCGAGACAAGUUAAACAUCAAUCCUGAGGAUGGCAUGGCAGACUACAGUGAUCCCUCCUACGUGAAGCAGAUGGAGCGAGAGUCCCGUGAACAUCUCCGCUUAGGGUUGUUGGGCCUUCCUGCCCCUAAGAAUGACUUUGAAAUUGUUCUACCAGAAAAUGCUGAGAAGGAGCUAGAAGACCGAGAAGUAGAUGACACUUACGUGGAAGAUGCUGCUGACGUGGACGCACGAAAACAGGCUAUCCGAGAUGCCGAGCGUGUCAAGGAAAUGAAACGAAUGCACAAAGCUGUCCAGAAAGAUCUGCCAAGACCUUCAGAAGUAAAUGAAACCAUCCUAAGACCUUUAAACGUAGAACCACCUCUAACAGACUUACAGAAAAGUGAAGAACUAAUCAAAAAGGAAAUGAUCACAAUGCUUCAUUAUGAUCUUGUCCAUCACCCUUACGAGCCAUCUGGAAAUAAAAAGGGAAAAACCGUCGGCUUUGCUACCAGUAAUCCAGAGCACGUGGCCUAUCUGGAGCAUAACCCAUAUGAAAAGUUCUCCAAGGAGGAGCUGAAAAAGGCCGAGGACGUUCUGGUGCAGGAGAUGGAAGUUGUGAAGCAAGGAAUGAGCCACGGAGAGCUCUCCAGCGAAGCUUACAGCCAGGUGUGGGAAGAGUGCUACAGUCAAGUUCUCUAUCUCCCUGGGCAGAGCCGCUACACGCGGGCCAACCUUGCUAGCAAAAAGGACAGAAUCGACUCACUUGAAAAGAGGCUUGAGAUCAACAGAGGCCACAUGACAACGGAGGCCAAGAGAGCGGCAAAGAUGGAGAAGAAGAUGAAGAUUUUGCUUGGGGGCUAUCAGUCUCGGGCCAUGGGGCUCAUGAAACAGUUGAAUGACUUGUGGGACCAAAUUGAGCAGGCGUACUUGGAGUUACGCACUUUUGAGGAACUCAAAAAACACGAAGAUUCCGCUAUCCCCCGGAGGCUCGAGUGUCUUAAGGAGGAUGUUCAGCGGCAGCAGGAGCGAGAGAAGGAGCUGCAGCACCGGUACGCGGACCUGCUGCUGGAGAAAGAGGACUGCCGGUCCAAGUACUGAGGCGCGGCUGCCCGGCCCCGAGGCUGGACCCGGCUCCUCGCCACUGACCUUCUGCCCACCAGCCGUGGGCUCUCAGCUGUUUUGUUUUCAACGAUACCCAUCUUACAAAGUCUGCGUAUGAAGAUUUUAACCCCACAGAACGUUUUAAGGUUUAAAUUAUAAAGAUGCUCAUUCUUCUAGCAGUACCAUAUUUGCAAAAAUUUUAAGUUUGGGCCUUCAAUUAAAAAAAGAAAAGAAAAGCCUGAUUUCCAACUUGUCUGUCAGUAAACUCUUAAAUAAAAACA